CUGCCGCGAGAUUUGAAUGAGACAUUCUGACAUUUUUAAAUUCCUUUCAGUCUCGGAAGUUUCGAGACUUUUUUCUUUCCCGAAGAUUCCGGAAGAUUUCUGUGGACGUCUCCCGUUUGUUUCCCUAAUUAAUAAGGGUUUCGAGUACCGAACGACGUCAAUUACGCCCUGCAAGAAGGGUUCCACGUUCGUCUUCCCCGGCAGCGGCAGCGGCGGCGGCAAACUUCAAAGAACAAACGUCGAAGAAGGUGAAGUUGUGGUCUUCAUUCCAUGAUGUUGGCUUCGUCGGCUGAAAGUGUCCUUCUCUGGGACAUUCCUCAAAUGAAAGAGAAGACGGAACCAAGCAGCAGUAGACUAUCCGUACAACUGACCAAACAGUGGAACAAUUCUGCCGAAAACACUGGAACCAUCACAGACAUCACCUGGAACACUCCAAACACUACCAUCCUUGGUGUGUUCCAAAAUUAUGGACCCAUAUUCUUUGGUUCCAUUGGUGAACUCACAAACACUGAACAGACCUUGAAGAACACAAGUAUGGUUGGUCAGAAGUGCAUUGCUUUAGGAGCAAAGGACAGAAUUAUUGCUGCAGCUGGCCAAGACAACUUGCUGCAUGUCUAUCACUUGACUGGUUCAAGUCAAACCACUACAUUGUCAGGUCACAGCAGCAGUGUUACCACAAUCCAGUUUAACGACAAUGGCAGUCAUAUUGCAUCCGGAUCGGAUAAUGGAGAAAUCAUUCUGAACAACAUGCUGUAUCGAGACACAUCUACUCCCCUUUUGGCACCAAGGGUCCAGGCUAUCAACGACCUCUGCUAUUCACCACACAAGGCCUCAGUUCUUGGUUCCGUAUCUGCUGAUGGAGCUGUUAAUAUUUGGGAUGCAGGUCGUGCUAAACUCUUACACUCAGCCAACCAAAUUCAUUCAGCAUCAGCAACAGGUCUCUCAUUUUUCCAAGACAAACAAAUUCUUGCCAGUGUUGGACUGGAUGGGGAACUGGCCCUCUUUGACACUUCUACCUUUAAUACGAUAUAUAUGAUGUCUCUGAAAUCAGCUCUGACCUGUGUCGAUGUCUGUGGAGAUUUGAUCUGCGUGGGAAGCAAGCAAGGCUCCCUCUAUGUGUUUGAUCGACGCUCAAUGAAGUCUGCCCUCGUCUGCAAAGAAUCUGCCCACAAAUCUGCCAUCACUUGUGUUAAGUUCCGAAAGAAUCAAGGAAGAUUUUCAUCCGGAAGCUUCAACCUCAGUGCCCACAUGCCUACGACUACAUCACCUGAAAAGGCAGAAGUUACACACCCAGUUUGUGUCACGCCUGAUUUGUCUCAUCCUUCAUCAACCGUAAAUGAUCAACGAAACACUGAUGCAUUGGGCCUGUUUUCUCCUGCAAGUGCAAACGCCAGUUUUGUCCCCUCAGACGUCAGUUGCAACCAGAGUAACACCUCUGAAUACAGCUUCUUGUGGCCAUCAUUUGCUGAAACUUCCCUCCAGCUGUCAAAUUUACCUGCUGACAGUCCAUUUUCACCUUCCAAGGACUCAGGCAGAACCAGCAACCCCUCUGCUCAGGUGCCAUCACCAUUUGACCUCAACUCAAUGGUCCACAGAAAAUCAGACGCUGCAACCCCGGGCAGCAGUAAUACCCAAGCUGCCCUGCUGAGUACACAAUCUCCUCAGCCCGUGAUGGAUAUGGACGUCCAGCACAUCACCCCUGUUACAUCACGUGACUCUUCUUCAAUGAACAGAAGAAAGUGGGACGUCAGGGACAUCCUCUCACCAACGACUUUUAAUAGGCAGGGGGUAGCAUCCAGCAUCAGUGAGAUGUCACCACCAAUGAUGGCAACUUCAAAGGUAUCCACCCCUGUCACUUUUGGAACUUUCAUGCCGAAAGCUGCACCCUCUGCAACCACUCAGAUCCACUCCAUACCGCUGACAGCAGCAACUGCAGCAGCAUCGAUUGCUCCCACCAGGAUCAUCACUCCCACUGCCGCAACCGCCGCUGCAUCUGCACCUAACAUGCCAUCGUCCAACUCGGUCUCUUUUAAGCUGCUGCACGGUGUGGUCUAUGAUGCAAUGGAAGUAUUCACAGACAACGUCCACAACGAUUUCCUCCGCAUGCAGAUGAAUGUUCUGCGUAUGAUGCAACAACAGAAGGUCGAGAUUUCUAAUGGACUCCAGCAACAUAUGGCUUUUGUCAGAGAUCUGAUUGCUGAAAACCAACAGCUGAAACUGGAAAAUAGACAGCUGAGGAAAAACUACUGAAUCUCUUUGUAAAUGCAGGUGACCAGCUAAAUAGAGGUGACCGUCUAAAUUACUGAGUCACUGUAUAAAUUACUAAAUAGCUUACCAAGUCACCAUGUAAAUAUACUGUGCAGUUUUCAUUGUUAUAUAAAUAAUUAUGUUUGUUUGUGUGUGUGUGUGUGUGUUGUGUGUGUGGAGGCGCAAUGGCCCAGUGGUUAGGGCAGCGGACUCGGAAUCGUAGGAUCGCGGUUUCGAUUCCCAGACCGGGCGUUGUGU